ACAUCUUAUUUAUCAUUGCGCGUACGGCAUAACGCACUUUGACGGAGUAUUUCGAACGUUUUCUAGCAUCAGCAGGUAACAAGAAGACACAGUAUGAAGAUCGCGAUAGUUUUCUGUCUGUUCUUUGCCGUUGCAUUGUCUCAGGCGCCGACCGAAAAGCCCACCAAGCCGCUUGGCUACGAGUGUCACGACGAUAGUGACUGUGCUCCUACAGCUUGUUGCCGUGGCAACGUCCACAUGCAAUGGUCACGUAACGGACGCUGCUCUUUGAAGAUUAGAGAGGGCAAACGAUGCGACCCCAACGCACCUAAGGUUGACGAUGAGGGGCGCCGGUUUGACUGCGGUUGCAGCGUUGGAAUGGCCUGUAGCAAGGUUUUCUAUACGGGUCUUUUUGGCGCCGAAUAUCACGUGUUCGAAUGCAGGAAUGUGACGUCAUCCUAAGCAAACCAAAAGUUGCAAGCCACAAUAAUGCGCCAAACGAGCAUUUACAAUGUUCAUUCUGAACAUCAGUGACAAACCAAAUGGACAAGUGAAAAAGUUGAUGAUAAUUAUAUCCUCACGAUAAGCCAAGACAUCCUAAUAUAAAUGCAGAAACAAAAGACAACGCAAGCAAUCGGUCAAAAUUCAUGUAUAUUUUAUUCGGAUUAUUUGAAAUAUUAAAUUUUGUCGCAUUGGGAUCUUUUUUCUGUUAUGAAAUAAAAGCUGGUUAAAAUACA